CAACACCAGCUACAACAGCAACAUCAACAACAACAUCUCCAACGGUUACCAAGAAAUAUUUUAUACGAUGACGAAUUUCUUCUUAACAAGAAGGCAGCUAACAAAAUUAGUGUAAAUAACAACAGCUACAAGGAUACAAAUAAUGUAAACUCGUUCAAAGUCAAGACCAAAAACUCGAACAAAACUAAAAAUAAAAAAUUAGGCAGAAAUAAGAAACGCCCCAACACGCAUAUAAGCAGUAACAACAACAACAACAACAUCAACAAUGACAACCACAACAUCAACAACAACAAUAUUAAACCAUUAAAUAAUUCAGCAGCAACAACAAAAACAACAUCACCGUCAUCGUCCUCUAAAAUUCGAGACAAUUUCACGACCACAAAGUAUACGAAUCCAGCGAUAAACUACAACAACUAUCAUUACAAACCUCCAAAACUACACAACAACAACAACAUCAACAACAACUAUGACAACAUCAACAACAACAACUAUGACGUCAUCAAACCGGAAAUAGUUUGGCGUAGUUGUGCCGGCGUUGUCAGUUUCGCCGCCAAAAUAGCGCAAACAUUCACGGAGAGUUCUGAUUUUGGCUCGGGCAGAGAUUUCAAAAGCAUCUUACAUAGGCACAACCAUCGAGUCGGGAGAUUG